AUGGGUUUCACCAAUGAAGAGCUUCAACUUGCUGCCGCCAGAAGGCUCGCGAAGUUUCCGCUAAACUUCAAUACUAACGCUGAGAACCCUAAGAAGAAAUUCUCUCUUCGUGACGGCGAGGGGGAUAAGAAUGCUUCGCCGCUCAAGAAGAGAACCACCAAAUCUGCUUCCGACACCUGCCAAGGCGAGGAAACUCCCGCUCCUCAUCAGCCUUUGCUGCUCCAGAAGAAGGUUGUCAAGCCUACUUCCAACACCUUCGAUCGCCAACGUGAGGAGACUCCUGCACCACAUCAGUCGUCGCCAACAGAGGGAACCACUUCCCCCAGAAUCCAAUCCCAGGUGGAACUUAGUCCGAUCCGCCAGGGUACUACCGGAGAAGAAAACCAGGCUAGCUUGGAAAAGGGGAGCCAAUCUAGUCCGCCAGGAAAAGAAGCCCACUCCGACCUGGCCGAGAAAGAAAAAGAAAAAAAAGGAAAGGAAGAAGAGGGAGCGCCCAAUGACAGCUCCUCCAUGAUGCGAGACGCCAUAAACCCCGUAGAAUUUCUUCUCUCAGGGAUCAGCCGUGAUUGCCUGGAAAAAGAAGUUUUCGGGAAAGGUCUUGAUGACGCGGGCCGGGAGUGCGUCGCGUCGAUUUUGCACGCCGGGUGUAUCUUCGCCUAUGCUUUCAAAAAACUUGAGGCUUCCACCACUGAAGAGGAGAAACUCCGAGCUGAAUACGCCGCACUCGCCAUUGAGCACACCAAGUGUUUAGGGCGCCUUGACAAGAUCGUGACCGGGGAAGCAAAGGCGAAAAACGCCAUCGAAAAGAAACUCGUGUCGGCCGCCUAUGAGCUAUCUGAAGCGCGAAUUGAGCUUGCCAACUGGGAUGGCGCCAUUGAGGAACUCGAAGAGGACCUGAAGGCGGCGAAGCAAGAGGUAGAGACGGCGAAGCAAGAGGUCCAAACAGCAAAGCAAGAGGCCCAAUCCGCGUUGGCGGCCAAAGAUGAGGCCCUUGAUUUGAAGGACAAGGAGUUGAGCUCACUGAAGGCGGAGCUCGAAGAAAAGGCUAAGGAGCUAGUUGAAGAGAAAGAAAAGGUUGCUAAGGCGAGGGAGUCGGCGGCGGACGAAGCCUUGGAGCAGCGCGAGGAGUUCUUCUACCUCGCCAAAGAUCAAGCUCAGUUCCUUUUCCCUAACCUAGACUUGAGUCCAAUGGGGAUGCUGAAGGCGAUAACUGAUGUCGGGCUCGUUGGGCCUGACGACCCUCCCCGAUUGGGACCGAACCUCUGGGCUGAAGGCUAUGAGGGGGAGAACGACGAGGAUCAUUAG